UCCUUUGCUGACUCUAUGGAUUACUUGCUAAUGCUCGUUGGUGCGGUUGGCGCCGUUGGAAAUGGAAUCAGUCUUCCGCUUAUGACGGUUAUCUUUGGAACUAUGGUCGAUUCAUUUGGAGAAUCUGUGAACACCAAAGAAGUUCUUCCUAAUGUUUCCGAGGUUUGUCUAUAUUACGUGUACUUGGCGUUGGGGUCUGCUACUUGUGCACUUUUACAGGUGGCUUGCUGGAUGGUCACAGGGGAAAGACAGUCAGCGAGAAUAAGAAGUAUAUACUUAAAAACAAUAUUGAGGCAAGACAUUGGAUUCUUUGAUAUGGAGACCAACACUGGAGAAGUCAUUGAGAGAAUGUCAGGAGACACUGUGCUUAUUCAAGAUGCAAUGGGUGAGAAGGUAGGAAAGUUCAUUCAAUUAGUCGCGACAUUCCUCGGAGGCUUCGUCGUGGCAUUAAUCAAGGGAUGGCUUCUCACACUUGUCAUGCUAUCCGCAAUCCCUGCUCUUAUUAUCUCCGGUGCAGUCAUUAGCAUCACUAUAGCAAAGCUCUCGACCCGCGGACAAACUGCCUAUUCGCUGGCUGCAGUCGUGGUGGAGCAAACUAUAGGUUCAAUCAGAACCGUUGCUUCAUUCACAGGGGAGAAGGUAGCAAUAGACGAGUACAACAAGUCAUUGGCAGAAGCUUACAACUCUGGGGUGCAAGAGGGGUUGGCUAGUGGAUUGGGAAUUGGUGUUGUUAUGUUAAUUGUGUUCAGCAGCUAUGGUUUGGCUGUUUGGGUUGGUGCAAAAAUGAUAAUUGAGAAAGGCUAUACUGGAGGAGAUGUCAUUAAUAUCAUUUUUGCUGUGCUCACUGGCUCCAUGUCUCUUGGACAGGCAUCACCAUGCAUUACGGCGUUUGCUGCCGGUAGAGCAGCCGCCUUUAAGAUGUUCGAUGCAAUUAACCGGAAGCCACAGAUAGAUGCUUAUGACACCAGUGGGAGGAUAUUAGAGGAUAUUCAUGGUGACAUAGAGCUAAGGGAUGUUUCUUUUAGUUACCCAGCAAGGCCGGAUGAACAGGUAUUCAGCGGCUUUUCUCUCUUGAUACCGAGUGGGACGACUGCAGCUUUGGUUGGACAGAGUGGGAGCGGAAAAUCCACGGUGGUCAGCUUGAUCGAGAGAUUCUAUGACCCUCAAUCAGGUGAAGUCCUGAUUGAUGGAGUUAAUCUCAAAGAGAUCCAGCUGAAAUGGAUAAGACAGAAAAUAGGGCUUGUGAGCCAGGAACCAGUUUUGUUUACAUCAAGCAUUAAAGAUAAUAUUGGGUAUGGCAAGGAUGGUGCAACUGAUGAAGAGAUAAGAGCAGCUGCUGAGCUUGCUAAUGCUGUUAAAUUUAUAGAUAAACUUCCCCAGGGAAUGGACACGAUGGUUGGAGAGCAUGGAACUCAGCUAUCCGGGGGACAAAAGCAGAGAGUAGCCAUAGCCAGAGCAAUUCUGAAAGAUCCAAAAAUUCUACUUCUAGAUGAAGCCACAAGUGCUCUUGAUGCAGAAUCUGAGAGGAUUGUACAGGAGGCUCUUGACAGAAUCAUGGUAAACCGAACCACCCUCGUCGUAGCACAUCGCCUCAGCACGAUAAGGAAUGGUCCACAUUCAGAGCUAAUUAAGGAUCCGGAAGGAGCAUAUAGCCAGCUGAUAAGGUUACAACAAAUUUACCGAGCAUCAGAACAGUCAGGUGGUGCAAAUGGUCAAGACAGACCAGAACUAAUAGUCAAUUCUGGGAGGCAUUCAAGUCAAAGAUUUUCUUCAAUGCGUUCUAUAAGCCGAGGGUCAUCUGGAACUGGCAAUAGCAGCCGUCAUUCAUUUUCUGUCUCGUUUGGCGUCCCCACCGCGAUUGAAACACUGCCGGCAGAAUCCAACACUCUUGUAGCUUCAACACCACCACAGCCGCCGCAAGCUCCACAAGAAGUCUCGCUUCGCCGCCUCGCGCUUCUCAACAAACCCGAGGCCCCAGUGCUACUUCUUGGCACUAUAGCUGCAGCUGUGAAUGGCGUGAUAUUGCCCGUUUUCGGAUUACUUCUGUCUGGCAUAGUCAAAACCUUCUUUGAGCCGCCGCAUGAGCUAAGAAAAGAUUCAGAGUUUUGGGCAUUGGUAUUUGUGGGUCUAGGUGUGACGACUAUGUUGGUUAGCCCUUCAAGGGGAUACUUCUUUGCUGUGGCUGGUUGUAAGUUAAUAAAGCGAAUGCGGUCAAUGUGCUUUGAGAAAGUGGUUUACAUGGAAGUAAGUUGGUUCGAUGAAGGUGAGCACUCGAGCGGCGCAAUAGGCGCGAGGCUUUCCACUGAUGCAGCGUCGGUUCGAGGCCUAGUUGGAGAUGCUCUUGGCUUGCUAGUUCAGAAUAUUGCGACCGCUGUCGCUGGCUUGGUUAUUGCUUUCGAGGCAAAUUGGCAAAUGGCUCUUAUAGUCCUUGUUUUGCUGCCUCUAAUAGGAGUAAAUGGAUAUGUUCAAAUGAAGUUCAUGAAAGGAUUCAGCGCUGAUGCAAAGAAAAUGUACGAGGAAGCGAGUAAGAUAGCAAAUGAUGCAGUAGGAAGUAUCAGAACAGUGGCCUCAUUUUGUGCGGAAGAGAAGGUGAUGGAAUUGUACCAGAAGAAAUGUGAAGGGCCUAUAAAGGCGGGGAUCAGGCAAGGACUAGUUAGCGGUGCGGGUUUUGGAUUGUCAUUGUUCAUGCUUUUCAGUAUGUAUGCUUGCACCUUCUACGCCGGAGCCCGACUUGUCGCAGAUGGCAAGGCGGGCUUCUCCGAAGUUUUUCGGGUGUUCUUUGCGCUGAACAUGGCAGCCAUAGGAGUGUCACAAUCAGGGUCAUUGAGUCCAGAUAUAAACAAGACAAAGAGUGCAGCUGCUUCUGUGUUUGCAAUCCUUGACAGAAAAUCAAAGAUAGACACAAGUGAUGACAAAGGAACUGUAUUAGAAAGAGUGAAAGGAGAGAUUGAAUUUCGUCAUGUGAGUUUCAAGUACCCAACAAGACCUGAUGUCCAAAUAUUCCAAGAUCUUUGCUUGGCUAUCCACUCCGGCAAGACGGUUGCUCUGGUGGGAGAAAGUGGGAGUGGGAAAUCAACAGUGAUCUCAUUGCUGGAAAGGUUUUACGACCCUGAUUCAGGCAAAAUCACACUUGAUGGAAUAGAAAUUCAAAACCUACAACUCAAGUGGUUCAGACAACAGAUGGGGCUUGUAAGCCAAGAGCCCGUUCUCUUCAACGACACAAUCAGAGCCAACAUUGCUUAUGGCAAGCAAGGCAACGCCACUGAGUCUGAAAUUCUCUCUGCAGCACAGUUGGCUAACGCCCACAACUUCAUUAGUAGUUUACAACAGGGAUAUGACACAAUAGUAGGAGAGCGCGGUAUACAAUUGUCAGGAGGGCAGAAGCAGAGGGUGGCAAUUGCAAGAGCCACAGUGAAAACACCAAAAAUACUGCUCCUAGAUGAAGCCACCAGUGCUCUAGAUGCUGAAUCGGAACGAGUGGUUCAAGAUGCACUUGAUCGGGUUAUGGUGGACCGGACCACCGUGGUGGUGGCCCACCGCCUGUCCACCAUCAAGGGCGCGGAUUUAAUUGCUGUGGUGAAAAAUGGAGUCAUUGCAGAGAAGGGGAAGCAUGAAACUUUGAUGGCUAUUAAGGAUGGAAUCUAUGCUUCUUUGGUAGCUCUGCAUACAACCACUUCCUCUUAGUUUCCUUUUGU